AUGGUAUUGGACUGGACUUAUAUAGUUUUGGCCCACGUUAAAUCACCAAAAGAGAAAGAAAGCAUGAAGGAAUUACAAGCACCAAUUGGUUAUCGUUUCAAGCCAAGCGAUGAAGUGAUCAUAAAACACUAUUUGAUUCCGAAGAUCGAAGGUAAACCUCUUCAAGGUAAAGAAUGGUAUAAACAAUUUCCGUCUUAUGAUGAAAAUUCCGAUGAUUCGUUGUAUUUCUUUACAAAGUUGACGAGAAAGUGGGACAACGGUAGUCGGAUAAGUAGAACCGCCGGAGAUGGAACGUGGACAGCCAACAAUGCAGGUAGACCAAUCUAUGCAGACUUAUCAUAUACUGUAAAAUAUAGGACUUAUUCAUUCACUGAUAAUGCUGUUACGGAUCACAAAAGGAAGAAGGAAACACUAACGUCCGAUGGAAAUACCGUUACUGGAAUAUGGACGAGUAUUCAAUCCUAA